GGAGAAAUCCUGUUUCGGUCCUUAAAUGGAUAGAUGUGAUGACGUCACUUGUGAGCCCUUCACAAGCAAAAAGGGGGAAUUCAUGGUAACGUACAUUAUGCAUGCAUUUAUAUACUGUAACUGGUAUUUGCCAAGAUUCACAUAACACUUAGAAGUGCAGGUGAUACGGUUGCGAAGAACGAGUUUGCUUAUUCCCAUCAGUGAUAACACGCGUGCACGUGGGACGCACGCUUGAGACGUGAAGUGUUCUCCAGAUGAUUCCUCCACAUCGCGGGGGGGAUUCUUAUAGGAUUCCUGCGUCAUGUGAAGUGAUUUCCCGUUUGCUUCCCGCUCGCUUGAGCAUCGAGGUGGUGCUAAUGUUUAUAUCCCUGAGCUCGUGGUGGAUAUUCCACAUUCCUUUGGCGGUGGGGGGUAAACAUUUAAUCAGUGUAUGCAGAGUGGAAUACACAUUUGCCUUCAAAAGUUCGCAAUCACCUUCCCACAUAUCUAUGAAAAAUAACAGUAUUUUUUUACGCCGUACGGCUGAUGAGGUGUCGUGAGAAUAUUUUAUUAUUUUAUUCUCAUUCUACGUGACUUUACCUAAAGAAUCAAAGAAGAGGCAUCUUUUCAGUAACACAAGCAGCAUUCUGGACUGGUUUCAACAUUUUAUUUCUGAUCAGUAGUAAACUUAUGUUCACAUCCCCACAGGUUGCACUAAUUUAGGAUGAAACUUUAGAGCAACCGAUUCCGUGAAGUUGUUGUUGUGCAAGCCGCAGUAGUGGUGGUGAUGGUGGCGUGAGCAGGGCAGGCGUGGCCCAGCUCUCGGCUCCGCCCGCCCCGAGCUCCCGCCUCCUCCACUGCCCCGUCCCGGGUCCCUGGCUCCACGGCUCCCUGAGUGCCCCUUGGUUAGGGGUCUCGGCUCAGGGGGUCCCGAGGCCGUGACUGCCCUGAACAUUCGCGCGGUCCCUGGGCCGAGAGGCGGCCUCGUAGUCCUGUGCCAGCCGACGGGCGGGCGGGAGGCUGGCUGCUUCGGCAUCGCCAUCGCCCGGCAGCGCUUCUAUCCGAGCGCCGAGGCCGCGGUCUCGUCACGGGCACCAUGAGCGGCGUCCACAAUGAGAAUGAGCGGCAGGCCCUGCUGGACCGGUUGCUGGACGCCGUGAAGCAGUGCCAAAUACGCUUCGGAGGGAAGAAGGAAAUUGCCUUCGACUCAGACAGCAGGGUGACGUGCCUGUGUGCCCAGUUUGAGGCGGUUCUGCAGCACGGCCUGCGGAGGGGCAGCCGUGGCCUGGCACUCACGGCUGCUGCUCUCAAGCAGGUCACGGGCAUGGGCGGCAAGAUCGAGCCCGAGCCGGUGUUCUGGCACUUUGUGCGCGAGCAGCUGGGCCGGCACGAGCUGCAGCGCUACCUGACACUGCGUGCCAUUGGCACGGACGCCGGGAGGGGCCGCGCGUGGCUCCGCUCGGCACUCAACGAGCACUCGCUCGAGCGCCACCUGCACACGCUGCUCGCUGAGCGCCAGCGCAUCAGCCAAUUUUACGAAGACUGGGCCUUCCUCCUCGACGAUGAGCGGUCGAGCAUGCUGCCCGUCAUGUCAGCAGGCCUCAACUCCAUUGUGUUUGCGAUCAACAUCGACAACGAGGACCUGAACGGCGGCCUGGGGGUGUCGCGGGGUGCACCCACCAUGUCGGGCCUCCUGCGGGAGUCAACGCAGAGCGUUACCUCCCUCCUCAGAGACUCGUCGCUCACACACGGUGUGAGCAGCCUGCUGCGUGAGAUCUCCGGUCCUGGGGGUCCCCGCACGUCCGGGGGAGCAGCUGUUGUGCCCGUGGCCUCCGCGCGGGACACGGCCCUCUCGGUGCACGACCCUGCCCCCGUCAUGUCUGCUCGGGUUGCAGAUGUCAAGAAUCGCAAGGAACGAAAGAAGCGAUCGAAGAAGCCGGUGACGAGCAUCAUCUCUUUUGAUGACGAUGAUGCGGAGGAGCGGGAGAGGAGGGGAGAGACGCAGCUGGAGGAGUGGAGCGGCCGGUAUGACGAUCCGCGUGAGGUCUCCGCUGCGGCGUCCCACACGCGAUUCAGUCCGGAUUCGGCCUUUGACCCGGCUCCCUGGCACCACGGGGAGGCGAUGGAGAACGGCGUCACUGCAGCCCCACGUGACAGGAAGCCGAUGGCCGACGAGGACGAAGAGGAGGAGGACGACGAUGACAACGCGGACGAGGUCUAUGGGAAAUCUCAGCCGGCCCGGAACGGUGAUGGCCACGCAAAACUCGACGGGGCCUACAAGCCCCUGCCGCAGUCACCCGUUGGCUGGAGUGCCCUCCAGGUGUUCAACGACAAUGACAGCGGGGAGCUGCUCUUCCCGCUGCAAGCAGAUUCUCCCACGGACGCUGCCGCCCUCCCCAUGCAGCUGGCACAAAUGGGCUCACUGCUGCAGCACAGGGUCGAGCCCCCUCCCCCAUGCCAAGCGAAGAGUGUCAGCCCCCCCUCGGCUUCCUCACCUCUCUCGGACUCAAUGAGCAUCGGUGAACUGCGGCAGGCAUUGGUGGCCAUGAUGAACAGGAAGGAUGAGCUGGAGGAGCAGUGCAGAUCUCUGCGGGCACUGCUCGAGAGUGAGAUGGAGCAUGCUGCAUCGCUGCGACGCGAGGCUGAGGAGGGGCAGCGCCGUUCCGAGGAGAGCGAGGAGCGCCACUCCGCGCGCCUGCAGGCUCUCGCCAGGGAAAACGAGGUGCUCAAGGUGCAGUUGAAGAAGUACGUGGGUGCCGUGCAGAUGCUGAGACGUGAAGCCGGGCACACGGGCACUGGAGCAGCACUGCGGCUGGGGGAGGCAGACCCCUUGCCCCUGCCGGAGCCCCGCCCGCUGGUGGACACGGAGGAGCUGGCAAGCACCUACGAACGCAAGCUCAUAGAGGUGGCAGAGAUGCAUGGGGAGCUGAUGGAGUUUAACGAGCGUCUGCACCGCAGCCUCAUGGGGAAGGACGCGCUCAUCCACCAGAUGAGGCAGGAGCUGGUGGAGCUGCGUGGGCCCCUUCCCGGUGACCUCAGCCAGUCAUCCGAAGACCCCAGCCUCUCGGACUUUGACAGUGCGACCAACUACCGCGCUCUGGUCAACGUCUGGAUCCCUUCGGUGUUUCUGCGCAAAAAGGCGACAGACACACACCACGUGUACCAGGUGUACGUGCGUGUGCGGGACGAGGAAUGGAACGUGUACCGGCGCUACAGCGCGUUCCGCUCACUGCACCACUCAUUGCGCAAGCAGCACCCACUCGUGGACUCCUUCAAGCUGCCGCCCAAGAAGGCCCUCGGCAACAAGGACUCGCGCUUCGUGGAGGGCCGCAGGAGGCAGCUGCAGGACUACCUGCGCCUGGUGGUCAACAAGGUGGUGCAGGCCAACAGCAACUUCACCGCUGAGCCAAGCAAGAGCACGCUCACCGGCCUGCACCCCUUCUUCCUGGACGCGGAGCCGAGCGAGAAACGGACAGGGCGCUCUCGCCUCCGGGGCCCGGCCCAGCUCAGUCGGCAGCACAACACUCAGCGCAACCCAGAGCCCCAAAGCGGCGACCUCUGACCUCCUGCCUGCACGGCGGGGGUAGGGUGGGGAUGGUUUUGGUACGAGGGAAAGGCCACCGUGCAUGGGCAGAGAGGAGUGUAGUUGGAGGAGGAGCCCCACUUGCGAACUCUCUGAAACUAUUCCCCACGCCCCUGAAAAGGUCACGCAGACCCCACCGGUACCGUCCCCGCGUUCACCAUGAGGCCGAGGCACCGCCGGUACCUGCUGAGAUCCGCUGUGUGCCGGGGGUCCCGUCGGCAAAGUGGUGUACCGGCGGACGAGGCGCGGGGACGCGCUGCCCCCCUCGCACUGGCAACGCCGCGGAGGACCCGACGGGAAGGCAGUCGCUCUCUCACGAGCGUGGGCGUUUGUAGAAGCGCGCGCGUGAGGUAGCGGGAUGGCGGUCGUCCCAGCACCGUCGUGUCCGCGUGCCUCGUGCUCGCGCCGUCCCACACAGCGUGGCGUGGUGGCGUGGGUCACCAGGGUUCGCGACCUCCGAGCCAGGCCAAUGGAGACUUCGGCCAGAGCGCGGCGACCGUCGCCCCCCAUGCGUGGCAAGAACGUGUUUCAAAUCGCCGUCACCGGGGACUCGUCCUGGUGCGAGUACCGUACCUAGCGCUCCCUCCCCUGCGCUCUUACAUUCCCUGAUGGAAAUGCCUCCACUGUGCUCCCUACCGCACCGCUCUACUCCCCUCACCCGACUCACCCUGUGCCUCGCUCGUUGGUGGCGAGGGCAGCUCGGGCUGAGCUCCACCUUCGGCGCUCACGAGUGCGGCUCCCCUCAAGACGGUCGCUCCACGCCGGGGUGGCAGAGCAAGGGGAGCAACCUCACCCUCACCGAUCCUCACAACCUCACCCUCACCGAUCCUCACAACCUCGUUGUCAUGCUCUGCCCAGCUCUCCACAUCCUCGUCCCACCUAUCCCCAUUUGUCAGUUUGCACAACGAUGCCCCCCGAUGAGCUUGUCGCUGGCUGGGUCGCCUAGGCCACGCCCGCACUUGACCUUUAGCCUUGACCUUUAACCUUGAAAACCUGAGCACUCGCUGAGCAGCGUUCAUACCCAGCUAGUCUGCUCAUUUACCUGGGAAGCCUCACUGAUUCUCAAGAUUCUGUUUCAGGAGGAGCCUGACAAGUUUGUUUGUAGUAUGGGGCGAUGUUCCUGCUGUGUGUUUCUAAUUGAGUAAUUUGCAGGUAUUUUUUUGCAGAAUUGGAAUGAUUUAACCAAUACUUUACAUUGUGUGUGUUUAGCUAUGGAAGGAGGAAACCAGAGAAUCCAGAGGGAACCCACGCAAAAUAGGGGGAGAACAUACGAACUCCAAUGAGAUUGCCGCUCAAGUCGGGAAUCGAACCCAGGCCCUUAUACCUGCGAGGCACGAGCGCUAACACCGUGCUGCCACCCUGCCGCUAACAAACUUCUCCGAUAUAUAUUUAGCAGGGCGUUUCCCGACUCCUCAGUUGUUGGGCGCCACUGCCACCUCGGCAUGGGUCGCGCGGUCCGGCGCCUGCACCCAACCUCUGCGGUGGCGUCGGCAGCAGUAGCAGAUUGUAACGUUUAGCGGCCAAUUAAAACGUAAUUUCCUUAAGCUCCCCAGAGGGGUUGUUCCCAGACUAAUGCUGCCGCUGCCUUCGUGUUUCCAUCGGUGCUGAAUUAUGAAAUGUCUUAUCCCCCACCGCACACGGGUUGGUUAUCUUGCUGUAGGCUGGCCGUCGGUGUUUUUCAUUCGCUGUGCAGCACGGCACGGCUGGCUGGAGAGCUGGAGAGGGUGGCGCGGCACAGACCGACAGUGCAGCAGGGAGCUGCGAUGGCUGUGGGAUAGAGUAGCGGCAGCGAUGGCCGCAUCCCAAUGGCUCGAUAGAUUUGUUGUUGACUUUUUUAUAUUAUAAGACAAAGUAAUCAAUGAUUUAUCUCGAUUUCAAUGGAAUCUUAACUCACAGUAAUGUGUCCUUUGCCUUGCGCAUGCGGGAAUUUAUAAUCACGAUUUAUUAAGAUUAUACGCUGUUUACAUUUACGAUAGUGGAUCGAACAAAACUGUAAAAACAAGAAUCGAGAAAGGAAUUGUGGGAAUUAAUCGAAUUGCUUGUUUGGGGGGGGGGGGGGGGAACCGUUUGAGGCCUCUCGGUGAUGUUUUGUCUGAAGUUUGUCCGUCUCAGUUGCGAACGGCAGUCUCCGUGGCAGCCCGGCCCUCGGACGUUUGCGAGCGUCUUCGUUGAAGCACUUAACCCCGCGAGCACCGAGCGGUAAUUGUUGAGAAUAGACAGAGCGCGUGAGAUGUCUCCAUUCACGAGACGGGCUGAGUGAGCCAGUGCAAGGCUGGAGUGAGUGCACCUCUCGGCAUGAGCUCGUGCGUGAAAGCGCGAGCUCGUGCGAGUCACGUGCAGGCGGUGUGCUUGUCGGCUAUGGGAGUGUACGUGAUGUGUGUGUGUGUGUCAGCACGUGUUUCUGUAACUGCAUGCAGACAAAUCAAACCCGUUCAGGACUGUUUCAUUCCUCAAUACGCUGCCCAGCAGCAAAACCUCACGGCUGCCCUUGGUUUACUUUCUUUUUAGUUGGUACCAAAGUCUCCGCUUUUCUCCCAUGGCUGCUGAACCGCAGAGUUCAUCCUCUCUACUCUCCGUGCUCGGGACAGGGCUGUUGUGUCUCUGUGCUGUGUGCGAUUUUUCCGGAUACGAGGCUUGAGGAAAGUAUCUCGCGUGGGCUCUAGCAGCCCCAUGGUUGCGUGAUAAGGCUGAAUCUGGGAAAGUUGCCAUGGGAGGAAAUUGAGGCUCCGACCUCUGCAGUGCCGCAUGGGCCAGUGGCACAUGGCGGACAGUCGCUCGCGUUUGCUCUCAUGUUCAAGCAGAUGAACUGGAUGAGCGAAUACUCGUUUUCCAGAUAUCCGUGUGUUCUCUGGAUUAUAUGAGUGAAGUUGACCUAGUCAUCUGUGACGCCCUCCUCUAGGUCACCUGGGCCUGAAAUGAGCAGCUGAUGUUGAAAGUGCUGCUGGGGUAGACCAGGGGAGUUUUGGGCGUUGGCACCGUCGCCAGGUCGCGAUACUCGCCAAGGCAGCUGGAGCUUCCGCAGAUCUCUGAGCAGAGUACGUCACGAUGCUUAAUUAACACUGCUCGCCCGAUGUCAGCCGAGGCAGCAGAACUGAUUGAAGGCGACACGCCGCGGUUGGGGUGUCGCCUUGCUUCGCGAUCGCGAGAAAUUAUUUAGCCCUACAACUCUGGUCAAGGGUGGCGGGCGACUCGCUUUAUCAAACACUGCAGAUUAUAUCAACUACGUUUAUGAUUUUGUUUCACAAUGGAAAGUGCACUUUUUUUACAGCUCAGUAUUUGGGUUUAUCCGUGCACGUGGUGACGACGAUGACGAGGUGCAUCGCGUCUUGACGGGACACACCGAGCGCCAACUUUGUGCCAUGGACCAAGUGUCUUUGUGUGUCGCCAACGUGGGUGGCAUUCGCCUGGCCUCCUGCUGGGCAGUCCGUGCCGGCUGUGCCACGGGCUUGGCCCUUAGUGGUGGUGGUGGUAGCUGGCACGAGGGCUCGCUCGCUCACAGCGCAGGCUGUGGUGAUUGGGCUCGAGGAUGAUCUGGCGCGGUGUACAGAGGAUUAAUUAUGUACGCAGUCUUACGUGUUCACAUUAAUAAUGACAAUAAAAUUGUUUAUUAAAAGGUGCA